AUGAAAAUUUCUAAAUUAUUUUGUUAAAAUAACCACUUCUAGCUUUUUGACGACGAUUCCUUUAUUUAACAACAAAUAAUUGGAGUUUGCACAAGAACAGAAUGUAAAGAGAAAUUAGUUUGUGUUGAAUGUCAAGAUACCUUACAUAAAGAUCACAUAGGAAUGAUAUUAUCCUAUGAAUAGCUAAAAGAACAAAUAAGUCAUAGGUAUUCAGAUAUUGAAAUUACAUCUCUAAAUGCUGAAUUAUUAAGUUAAUAAUUUCUUUGCCUUCACAAGGAUUUAUUAGAUUCUAUUAGUAAAGUUGAGAAGUAAUUUACAGAAAGCAGCAUUCUCUAUCAAUAACUAGAAUAAACUCAAAAUAUUAUUAGACUCAUCCAAUCAGAUCGAUAUUAUGAGAUAAAAAAUGAAUAAUUUCAUACAUUCUUUUAGGUAAUACAGGAUAAGGCAUUGGACUCUUAAUAACUUGAUUAUCUGGUCAAACUAAUCUAAAGUAAAAUGGAAGCAUCCAUCGAAUGUUUAGACUAAUUGAACUAAUCUAUUAACAAUUAACCUUAGUAAUAUAAUCCCUAAAAUAUCGUCAACCAACAUAUCAGCUUAAAAAAAAUCAAAUAGUUUUAUUUGCAAAAUCCAUUAGAUUAUACAAAAAUACCAAAGGAGUUAAACAUUUAAAAUUAUGGGUCGAUUAAAGAAUUUAAAAAUGAAAAUGAAAUUUAUCAUGGAGAAAUUGACGAUAAGGCACAAAAGCAUGGAAAAGGAAUCCAAAUCUAGAAGAAGGGAGAUAUCAUAUAUGAAGGCAUUUGGGUUGAUAACUAAUUGAGAUGGGGCUAAAAGACCCAAUUCAAUGAAUUAUAAGAAUGCAGCAUCUUAAUGGGGUGUAUGAGAGAUAAAAAAUUGAAUGGGCAGGGAAUUAAAAUUACUUCUUCUGGAGAUCUAUAUAAAGGAUAAUUUACUGAUGAUAAACUAAAUUAGGAAGGCUAUUAAGUGACGAGUAACGGAGAAAUAUAUAAGGGGAGUUUCAAGGAUAACAAGAGACAUGGACAGGGGGAACUGGAAAAUAGAGAUGGAGAAUUUUAUAUUGGAGCUUUCAAAAAUGGCAAAAAGAAUGGGGAGGGAUACAUGAAUCUAAAAAAUGGAGACAACUAUUCAGGGUGUUUCUAGGAUGAUAAAUUUCAUGGGAAAGGGGAGUACACUGCUAAAAAGGACAAUUCAAAGUUUAAAGGGUCUUUUUAAAAUAACAAAAAGGAAGGAAAUUUUGAAAUAAUAUAUAAUGAUAAAUCAUUGGAAACUGGAACAUUUUAGAAUGAUAUCAGACAUGGAUAAUUUAGAUACUAUCCUCCAAAUUAACAGACACCAUCGAAAGUAGUUUAAUAUAACAAUGGUAAAGUUUGUAAAUGA